CGGACCUCAUCGUCAACUGUCUACUAGACUUGUAUGCAGCCUGUCGCAGAAAACCAUCAGCAAUAUUAUGGGGUAUAAUCAGCAACUGGAGCCUUUUCAGGAAGUUAACCGGUCCCGGUUCAAGAAGAAUGCGGACCUCAGAAGUAACCUUUGGUAAACUAUAAAGACGUCGCCAUUGACAUGUAAAGAGGUUGAACACCAUCAGCUAUCAGCACUUCUCCUUUAAUUUUACAAUAUCUGCUGUACCAUAAGACGUGCUUCUAACUUGAUCAAUUCUUCCCGUGCAGAUUCCUGGCAUAUUUGUUCAUAUAUCCUUCCACGUAGCAGACCAGAACUGCAUCCACGUAUCCUUCUCACUAUUCUCCUCAUGGAAGGUAAUCUGCCUCUUGCAUCUCUUCCAACCCUAUUGCUCCAUGAUGGGUUGAAGAAAGAGCAGAUCAAUCCGGUUCAGAUUAUCAGCGACUGGCUUGCGAGACUGGAGGCCUGCUUCCAGGUCAAGGCAUUUGACCGUCUAUCGGACCUGUUCAUUGAUGACUGCUGGUGGCGAGAUAUAGUCGGCCUAUCUUGGGACUGGACUACAAAGCAUGGUCAGGACGCGAUCAGUAGUUAUCUCUCCGCCUCCCCUAACCCCCUCCGAGACAUCCAAUGCGCCAAGACUGGAGGUUUACAGCCAACAUGCAUGGACGCCGGCGACUUGUUCUGGAUCCAAGGAGGCUUUGUGUUCAAACACCCCUACGGGGAAGGCAAAGGGUUCGUGCGGCUCACUAAAGAAGGAAACGGCGAAUGGAAAGCCUGGACUGUCUUUACCCAGUUAUUUGAGUUGGAUUUCCAGAAAGAGGUGGAUGCCAAGAAGACGCUGCGAACUCCGGCAACUAACGGUAUCAGCAAACCUGCCGAAGAGAAUUUGGCGUUACAAGUCCUGGUGGUGGGCGCAGGACAGGCUGGACUUGCACUAGGUGCGCAUUUGAAGAAUAUGGGUAUCAAUUCAUUAUUGGUAGACAAAGCAACCCGUGUUGGAGACUCAUGGCGAAACAGAUAUACCAGUGUCGCUCUCCACACCCCGAGGUAUACCGAUUACUACCCCUUUCUCAAGACGCCGGAAUCCUGGCCCCGGUAUAUUCCCCAGGAUAAGAUCGCAAGCUUUAUGGAGCAUUACAGCCAGCUCAUGGAACUUGACAUUAUGCUGCAGAGCACAGUGACAAAGGUUGAAUACAACGAGGAUUCGAGAAAGUAUCAUGUCGAAGCGCAAACACCAUCCGGGCUACAAGUGUUCACCCCACGACAUGUCGUACUUGCUACAGGCUUGUUUAGUGAGAAGCCAAAUAUCCCUGAAUUCUCCGGCCGGGACUUAUUCCAGGGUCAGCUAUAUCAUUCGAAGGCGCACCGAUCGGCAAGCCACAUACCAGACCUUCACAGCAAGAAGGUGGUCAUCAUUGGUGCGGGCUCAAGUGCACACGACCUUGCCCACGACUUCGUUUCCCAUGGAGCCCAAGACAUCACGAUGAUCCAGCGAGGUGCCAUUGUCUCCAUAUCCGAAAAGAGCCAGGAACUCUUCUUGUUUAGUCUCUGGGACACCGACGGCAUCAGUACCGAAGAGGCUGAUGUGAUUGGGAACUCAUUUCCAACUCCCGUGGUCAGGACUAUGAGUGUUGGUCUAACGCAGAUGAUGUGUGCACACGAUAAAGAAAUGAUUGACGGCCUCAAACGGGCGGGUUUGGCAGUCAGGACAGGUGAGGACGGGAUUAGCAUUGCGGAACACCAAAUUGUCCGAGGUGGACAAUUUUACAUUGACCAGGGCGCAAAUGAAAUGAUAAUCGAUGGACGAAUCAAGAUCCGUAGGAGUGAGGGUGGAGUGAAGGAGUUCAAUACAACUGGACUCAUUCUGGCAGACGGUACUAACAUAGAUGCUGAUGUGGUUGUGCUGGCCACUGGCUUCCACCGAAGCAUUGUAGAUAUCCGAGAUAUAAUGGGCGAGGAGGUUGCUGAUAAGGUCGGGACGAUCGGAUUUCUCGAUGGAGAGCAGGAGAGAAAAGGUACUUGGAGACCGACUGGUACACCAGGUUUUUGGUAUAUGACGGGCAGCUUCAUUUGGUGCCGCCAGUAUUCUCUUGUACUUGCUCUACAAAUUGCGGCUAUCGAACAUGGCUUGAACGAGGCACACUACGAGCAGAACAAGAAGUAG